AUGACACCACUUGGACGUCUCUACCUCUUGAGGGUGCUUGGCGCCCCCCCUGUCUUUCUUCUGGGGCUGCUGCUGGCCCUGCCUCUAGGGGCCCAGGGUGCUCGGGUCUCAGCUGCCAGGACGGCUUAUCAGGCCCCUCAGAAGCAUCUGAGUCGUGGCAUCUUGAAACCUGCUGCUCAUCUUGUUGGAUAUCCCAGCAAACAGAACUCACUGCUCUGGAGAGCGAACACAGACCGUGCCUUCCUCCGACAUGGCUUCUCCCUGAACAACAAUUCGCUCCUGGUCCCCACCAGCGGCCUCUACUUCGUCUACUCCCAGGUGGUCUUCUCGGGGCAAAGCUGCUCCCCCAGGGCCAUUCCUACUCCCAUCUACCUGGCCCACGAGGUCCAGCUGUUUUCCUCCCAGUACCCCUUCCACGUGCCUCUCCUCAGUGCGCAGAAGUCCGUGUAUCCAGGGCUACAAGGACCGUGGGUACGCUCAAUGUACCAGGGGGCUGUGUUCCUGCUCAGUGAGGGAGACCAGCUGUCCACGCACACAGAUGGCGUCUCCCACCUGCACUUCAGCCCCAGCGGUGUUUUCUUCGGAGCUUUUGCUCUGUAG